UCUUGUUUUAGGCUAUAUGGCACUAUUUUGAUUAACGACAACGUUUGAAAUGUAGUUCGUAUGUUAUGAUUAAGCACUCCAGCCAAUUAAGACAACUCAUGUGCAAUACUAGGCCUAUUUGUAUUGCCUCUGCAGUCAGCAACGAACAAUCGCUGAGUAAAACAACGGAACUCGCAGACACUCCCAUUCGUACAGACGUAUGAGAAAUACGGCUGAGAAAAAAAAACGCCCCGGGUUAUGAAAAAAAAGUCGGAAGGAGUUCAGAAAACUCAAGAAAUGACAAAGGAAAAAGUCGUUUGUACGCUCAAACUGUAAUCAGUCAUCCGUCAACCUGACAGUAACGUAGCCUACUUCGAGUAUGUUGUUUUAACAGUUAUUUCCCGGGUUAACGUCCGCUGAAAAAGAAACAAAAGUAUUACUAGAGAGCUGCUAAUUAGCCUGCUCCUCAGUUGUGUGAACGCAAAAGCAGGAAAACUUGGCAUCUCCGGACUGAUUUACCGAAGGCGUCUGCGGAAGGAAGUGGGAAAUCAUGUCCUCUGAAGAGGAGAGAUUCAAGUUGGUAGUCGUGGGCGGCGGCGGUGUUGGAAAAAGCGCAUUGACCAUUCAGUUCAUUCAGUCAUAUUUUGUAUCAGAUUAUGACCCAACUAUUGAAGACUCCUACACUAAAAUCUGCACAGUUGAUGGGACAGAGACGCGACUGGACAUUCUGGACACGGCCGGUCAGGAGGAGUUCGGAGCUAUGAGGGAGCAGUACAUGCGCUCAGGAGAGGGGUUCUUACUAGUGUUUGCCCUUAAUGACAGGGGCAGUUACAAUGAGAUCCAGAAGUUCCACACCCAGAUUUUGCGAGUGAAAGAUCGUGAUGACUUCCCCAUGGUUUUAGUUGGCAACAAGUCAGACCUCGAACAGCACAGAGUGAUAUCCAGAGAGGAGGCGCAGGCUUUCGUCCGGGAAAACCGGAUCCAUUACAUGGAGUCUUCUGCCAAGAACCGUUACAAUGUGGACGAGGCUUUCCUGGAGGUGGUGAGGGCAAUCAGGAAGUUUCAAGAGACCGAAAGUCCACCUCUCCCUGCCAACCAUGCAGGGAAACAGAAGAGCAGAGGAUGCCCAUGCAGUAUCCUCUAACUGUUGUCGAGGCCCAGCAGUGGUUGGUGUUAGGUUGGUGUUGUGGUGAAGCAUGAUAUUUUUCAUUUCAUUCGCACUUUUAAAAAACAAUGUAUUUCAAACUUUUUUUUAUUGUUUUAAUGUUUGGUUUUUAUGUGGGUAUAUCAUUUCAUUAUGCAGUCAGAUUACAUUAAAGGGAAAGAGAUUGUGUAAAAUCAAAUGAACUGAAACAAACCCAGGAAAAUUUACUUGAGUCCAGGGCUUUUUUGGUUGAGAGAAAAACAACUUUUCUCCACAAGGGGGUGCUAUUUUGCCCUUACUGUGCAAGUCAUCAGGUUUAAAUGAGGGACUGGAGAUGUUCUAAGCCUUAGUGAACUGAUGGGCUUAGUGGUGUAUUACGGUGUCUAUAACCAUAAUUAAACAUAUCCAAGAAGACUCAUUUAGCACUUUAUGUGUAGUGCUCUAUAUUUGGAGUUGUUGUAGAGACACUGUCUAGAGCUAUGUCUCCCAGUUUAGGAAUGAUUCAGAAAUGCCUUGUACUCUUGCUACAUCACAUUUCAGGAACUCUUGGGUUCCAUGGUAACAUAAUGAGCCAUACGAUGGCUGGCUCUGAGUCUGUGUGGAAUCUGUAACAAUCCAAGGUUGCUACAGUGCCACUGUGUGUUAUUUAAGUUAUCUGUGGAGUAGAGACAUCUGCUAAAUCUUUAAAACUUACCAAAAAAGCAGUUAUACAGAAGUAGGUUAACACUAAGAAGCUUGGAUGCCAAUUAUUUCUUAUCAUAUCUUUUUGUGUGUAUAUGUUAUUUGGCUUGGCUUGGGAUGGGAGAGGGAGCGGGGAAGUGCUAUGUGGAUGAGCUGUUGGCUGUGGAUCUAGGUACUUGUGACUGCAUAUGUGGAGAUACAUUUUUGUUCUUUUGAUGCACCACCUUGUAACAAUGAUAUCAAUAUAUAGAGCACACAAAGGUUAUACAAACAAACAAAUUGUACUACAUCAAUGGAUAGCCAUUGUCUAUGCUUUGAGGAGGGAUGUAUGUGUGAUGGGCAGAGAAUGUUUGCCCCUAUAAACAAAGCAACGCUUUCUCUGGCCACUAGGAGGAACCUUGCACUCAUGACACCUAGCAGGGACUCCAAUAAGACUUUUCUUUUUUUUUUAAGUUAAUCAGUGACAAAAUUAGUUAACCAAGAUAGAAUACCUCUAGCCUAGAAGCAGAAACUCAUUUGGAAAAUCUAAGAAAUUGAAAUUCUGUCCAUCUGCGUACAUAUACAUUCUUCUGUUGUCAAGUUUUGAAUGUCUUAACUGAAGGGAGUGUCCGACACUUCAAUGUCUCACAGCUUUGCUCUGGUCAAAUGUAUUGUGGCAGAAGACGAUGUUUUAUUUGUCAGAUGAAAUACAGUAACUUACACCUGACCUCCUACCUUUUGCUGCCAGACUGUAUGUGCACCCUGUAUGCAAUCCUUUUGUAUUGACACAAUGUACUAAAAAUCAACCAAAGACUUUUAUACCAAAUUAAAGUAUUAUUUACUUAAA